AUGUCUGACACCAUGGACAUCGAUCUAUCGGGAGAUGCAGUUGUGAAAGAGUUGGAAGCAAUGACGCUGAAGAUGGGGGACUCAGCAUCCCCUGUGGAGAAGAAUCACGGCCUGCAGGUGGUUAUCAAUAGCCUCAAAACAGAGUUGACUGAACUCUGUGCUCGACAUACCGCUUCCAUGCUGCUUAUUUCGAACAUGAAUGUCUGUCUUGCCAAGCAGGAAACAAACAUUCAAAAUCUAGAGGCCAUGCACGACGAGCUCACAGCAUUGCAGCAGGAUGUGAAGGACAUGCAGGUUGAAUCUCACAGUCGUGAGGAACAGCUCUGGACCACUGAGGCCAAAUUGGCUGAGCAACCACAUUCCACAUCCAUCCUGCAGGAAGCUUACGAGUCCCUUCGGCAACGUGUCAUGCCCAAUGUGUCUAUCCCUCCCGCAUUCAGUAACACUAUGUUUCUGCCCAUCCCCAGCUACAGUACACCCUACAGUCAGGGUUUCAGUGCGGGCCAGGCGCAGGCAAUGGAACGCUUGUACACAAACAUCACUCCAGGUCCCUCCACUGCCGCUGGAAUGUCUCUUGCCCAUGCCGCUGGUAGUUCUGGCCAAAAUGGUGUUGCUGGUUCUUCAACUAAUCAGAAUGCCGGCAGUUCUCACCUGAGACAGGUCUUUAGUGAAUCUGCAUCUGGAACUGGUCCAUUGUAG